AUGGUGAGAAGCCUUCUUUUUUUGCAUCUCCCUGAAACUAGUGGGUAGCCCGUAGCUCCACGAUAUAAAAUUGCGCCCGACCAAAAACGUUUUACGCGCGAAUGUAUGAAAAAGCUAGAGUUCUAAGCUGGGACUGCUCGCAGCUAAAAUCGCUAAUUUCAAAGAAAAAAAGUUUAUAAUUUACUUAUUUUUUCAGUCACACGAAAUCUUCGGAUUUGCGACGCUGGUCUGGGUAUUCCUAUUAUUUAUUUUCUCGACGAAAUUUAAGUAUAUUCAGAUCUGUCUCGCAAUAACCUACGUGCUUCGAAAGCACCGAAAAAGACAGCUGAAGUUCCAAAAGAGAAUGAUGCGAAUUUGGUUCGAGCAGAUCCACAGCGUCUACUCCAUGUAAAUAGUUAUCAAUGGAGCGAAAUUUCAAAGAUAAAAUGGGCUUUUUUAUAGAAGAACGAUGGAAUUGGAGGUUCUGCGCUUGCAAAUCGCUGAUCAUCGCAGGAUUUUGAGCAACCAAAAGAAGGAAAAAUCCUGA